AUGGUUUUCAAAGUUGCUGAUGUUUCUCUCGCUGCCUUUGGGCGUAAAGAGCUCGAUAUCGCUGAGAAUGAAAUGCCAGGUCUCCUUUACAUGAGACAGAAAUACGGCGCUUCGAAGCCUUUGACCGGCGCUCGCAUCGCUGGAUGCCUUCACAUGACUAUCCAGACUGCAGUUUUGAUCGAGACUUUGACGGCUCUCGGUGCCGAAGUCUCUUGGUCAUCAUGUAACAUUUUCUCGACCCAGGACCAUGCCGCCGCUGCUAUUGCUGCGACUGGUGUCCCCGUGUUCGCCUGGAAGGGUGAGACCGAAGAGGAAUAUUUGUGGUGCAUCGAGCAAACUCUCAGUGCCUUCUCCGGCGGACAACCCCUCAACAUGAUCCUUGAUGAUGGAGGUGACCUCACCAACCUUGUCCACGAGAAAUACCCCCAGUACUUGAAAGGUAUCCGUGGUGUUUCUGAAGAGACCACGACUGGUGUCCACCACUUGUACAAAGCAUUCAGGGAAGGAAAAUUGAAAGUCCCUGCCAUUAACGUCAACGAUUCUGUAACGAAAUCCAAGUUCGACAACUACUACGGUUGUCGCGAGUCGUUGGUUGACGGUAUCAAGCGAGCAACCGACGUUAUGCUUGCCGGUAAGGUCGCUGUUGUUGCCGGUUACGGAGAUGUUGGCAAAGGAUGUGCCGAAUCUUUGAGGUCCUACGGUGCUCGGGUCUUGAUCACUGAGAUCGACCCGAUCAACGCCCUUCAAGCUGCUAUGGCAGGCUACGAAGUUACCACGAUGGAUGAUGCUGCGUACCGCUCGAAUGUUUUUGUUACCACUACCGGUAACCGUGACAUCAUCACUGCCCAGCACUUUAACGCGAUGCCCGAAGAUGCUAUCGUUUGCAACAUCGGUCACUUUGACAUCGAAAUUGACGUGGCCUGGUUGAAAGCCAACGCCGUCCAAGCUGUCAACGUCAAGCCUCAAGUUGAUCGCUUCACCAUGGCUUCUGGCCGUCACAUUAUCCUCCUUGCUGAGGGUCGUCUUGUUAACUUGGGAUGUGCGACCGGUCACCCUUCCUUUGUCAUGUCUUGCUCUUUCACGAACCAGGUGUUGGCUCAGAUUGCGUUGUGGACCACCCCAGAAAAAUUCCCUCUUGGUGUUCACAUCCUUCCCAAGGAACUCGACGAGGAAGUCGCUCGUGCUCACCUUGCACAGCUCAAUGUCAAGUUGACGGAACUUACUCAAACCCAAUCCACUUACCUUGAUAUCCCUGUCCAAGGUCCCUACAAGGCUUCCCACUACAGGUACUAAAUGCAGUGUAUUUAUUGUGCUGUCCGACGGCCUCAACGUGCCCUCGCUAGUCAAGACAGAACACUGGGACCUUCAACGUCCUUCUUGGGUGGAUGUUAUAUGUAUGGAAGAGUCUCAACGCUCUUAGGUUAUCUGUGUCAUUGUUGUCGCAGGAUGAUCCGUCCCGGGCCCCCUGAAGGUGAGGAGGUGGUGGGAGGUGGUGGUUUAUCAACGUUUGCAGUUCUCAUGGGCCUCAACGAGCCCCCUUCAUCAUUUACAUGCACUUCUACAUUUGCAAU